CCAAGUAGAACUUCACAUCCACUAUCCAAACCUGCAAUUUGCCUCCUUGGGAUACUUCUAUCUGAUUACCUCUCCCAGCGAAAACAGAAAAAAUGGGUACAGAGAAGAAGAAACACAGAAGAAGCUCGGAACAUUAUUCUUCGCAAGAAGAUGAAGUGAAAAGCAAACGGCAUAAAAGAGAAGAAGGCGAUAAAGAGGAAAGAAGAGAAAAGAAGAAAGGCAGUUCCAGAAAGGAGAAAUCUCAUACGUCUUCAAAACACCGUUCUGAUAAAGAGAAGUCGGGAGAAAAGCAUAAGAGUAAAAGCCACAAGCAUAAGGGUUCCUCUAAGUUAAAAUUUGAAGAACUGUCAAAGGAUGACUAUUUCUUAAAGAACAACGAAUUUGCAAGCUGGCUGAAGGAAAAGAAGAAUAUGUUUUUCAUGGAUUUGUCAUCUGAGGCUGCUCAUGAAUUAUUCAUGGACUUUGUCAAGGAAUGGAACAAGGGAAAGCUUGCAAGUGAAUACUAUGAGGGCAUACUGACCGGCCCUCGAUCAUCUCAUAACUGGAACAUCAAGCAGUAAUCCAUGCAAUGCACAUUGCUUUAAGCCGGGAUGAGUUCCACCGUUGUGACUCAUCCACACGUUUUCAUUGCUGCUUAGUGUGGAUGAGCAUGGCUUUUAAACUGAGUUUUUUUUACCGACGGUGUAGUUAUGCGUGGAAAUCUUGAAUAUACAUAGUAUAUAAAUGCAGCAGUGUACCUCAAAUAGGGCUUUCAUUAGAACCAAACCAGCCGAAUCCUUAGAUGGUUUAGGAUUGUCCACUUGAUUUCAUUAGUUUGUGAUUGUCCACUUGAUUUCAUUAGUUUGUGAUUGUCCACUUGAUUUCAUUAGCAGAUGUCAAGACUGUGUAAAGUGGAGAUUUUCACAUGUCUUCCAAUCCACCAUUGUUCGGCUACCCACCUCGAUUGUCCACUUAAUUUCAUACUUGAUCUCACAUUUUUUCUCAAUAAAUCACACACAAUUCGCUUAAUACAUG